AUGGAGAUUGACACGGGAUCUUCUGUGUCUAUCAUAGCGUGGCACACCAUUUCCCGCUUAGUGCCCUCCCUUAAAAAACACCAAUUAGAUCGGGCUCGACUAAAGCUUCAUGAUUACCAAGGUAAUCACAUUCCCAUUUUGGGUUCCGGGUAUUUUCAAGUUCAAUAUAAGAACUUUAAUGAUCGCCUUAGAAUCAUAAUUGUUGAUGGCAUUCUCCCCUCUCUGCUAGGUCUGGAGUGGUUCGAUGCAUUGGGUUUGGUCAUAACAGGCAUACAUGCUCUUGCAUCAGACCACUUCUCCGAUCUCUUCCAGGAAUUCUCUGAUAUCUUCAGUAAGGAAUUAGGCAAAUACAAGGGGUCUCCCAUCUCAUUAAAUUUAGAUCCCUCAAUAGCUCCUAUUCGCCUUAAGCCUCGCAGGGUUCCUUUCGCCCUUCGCACUAAAGUUGAUCAGGAAAUUGACAAAUUAUUGGCACAAGGUAUACUACAACCAGUGGACCAUGCUCGCUGGGAGACGCCUAUAGUGAUCCCCAUUAAGGCCGAUGGAUCGAUAAGGAUCUGCGCGGACUACAAGGCCACGCUCAACAAGGCUCUACAGGCAAACCCGUAUCCUGUUCCGGUGGUCCAACAUCUUCUGCAUUCAUUGGCGCGGGCGCAGACGAUCGUGACUCACCGCGGUGCCUUCAAAUGUCGCCGGCUGCAAUUCGGGGUCUGUGUGGCCCCCGGCAUUUUCCAAUGCCUGAUGGAGAGACUCUUACAUGGGUUGCCGGGGGUCGUCCCCUAUUUCGACGACAUCUUUGUGUCAGCCACCGAUGAGGCUGAGUUGCUACACCGCCUCACCGACCACAAGCCACUCUUGGGCAUCCUGGCUGGGGAUCGUCAAACCCCCCUCAUCCUGUCACCAAGGAUGACACGAUGGGUUGGGUUCUUAGCGGCAUACCAAUACACCUUGGUCUACAGGCCAGGCAAGGCUAUUGGGCACGCGGACGCAUUGAGCCAUUGCCCCCUUCCAAUUCCUGCAGAGGACCCUGCCCCUGCCUCAUCAGUCCUGUUUAUCGACGACCAGGCUAUUCCAGUUUGGCUUCAGUUUCAACCUUACAAGGUCAGGCAGCAUGAAAUUUCUAUCAUCAGAGGCUGCCUACUCUGGGGCUCCCGAGUGAUAAUUCCAGAUGAGCUCCGUGGCCGGAUCCUCAAUGUCUUGCAUGAAGGCCACCCAGGCAUCGCCCGCAUGAAGGCAUUAGCCCGCAGUUACCUGUGGUGGCCAAGGCUAGAUGGGGAAAUCGCUGAGUGGGUGGCCGGGUGCCCAAGGUGCCAGAUCCAUAGAGCAGCUCCUCCAGCGGCAGUGGCCACUGAAUGGGAGAUGCCAAAAAGCCCCUGGGCCCGCGUCCACAUAGAUUUUGCCGGCCCCAUCCAAGGUCACAUGUUGUUGAUUAUCGUUGACGCUUACUCUAAGUGGGUCGAGGUUGUCUCAAUGACCUCUACCACCUCAGAGGCACUGAUCCAUGCACUUAAGAGAGUUUUUGCCACUCAUGGUUUGCCUGAUGUUUUAGUGUCAGAUAAUGGGCUGCAGCUAACCUCAGCGGCCUUCCAAGCAUACCUGGCAAAGCAGGGCAUUCGCCACGCCACUAUUGCUCCAUUUCGUCCUGCCUCGAAUGGCCUGGCUGAAAGGACAGUCCGCUCAGCUAAAGAAGUCCUAGCUAAGAUGGGCCGAUUGAGGACUGUGUUAGAUCGUUUGCACCCUGAGUACUCGCCAGAGAAACCCCUGAUUCUACCAGUGGAGCCCGCAUUCCAAGUGGGGAUUGGGUGUAUGCCCAGCAUUUUGGGGGACCGCGGUGGCUACCAGGUCAAAUAG